AUGGAAAAUUUCAAUGAAGCAGUUGUCUCUGAGCAAUUCGUCAGAAAACCAGUUAUCAGUGAACCAGUUGUCAGUGAACCAGUUGUCCGUGAGCCAGUUGUCCGUGAGCCAGUUGUCCGUGAGCCAGUUGUCUUUGUCCGAAAACCAGUUGUCAGAAAACCAGUUGUUUGUGAGCCAGUUGUCAGAAAACCAGUUGUCUGUGAGCCAGUUGUCAGAAAACCAGUUAUCAGUGAACCAGUUGUCAGUGAACCAGUUGUCUUUGUCAGAAAACCAGUUGUUUGUGAGCCAUUUGUCAGAAAACCAGUUGUCUGUGAGCCAGUUGUCAGAAAACCAGUUUUCUGUGAACCAGUUGCCUGUGAGCCAGUUGUCAGAAAAUCAGUUGUCUGUGAACCAGAUGUCUUUGUCUGUGAGCCAGUUGUCAGUGAAUAA